AUGGGUGACAUGGCAUACAACAUGGAAAUGCACGCCGAUGACGAAUUCAGCAAAGCCUUCGACCACGCCUCCGGCGCAACGGCCGAGAGGUUUCAAAACCCGUUGUGGUUCAUUACGGAGAUAUUCUUCGGUGGCACCUUAAGAAAAAACCUUCAGGUCGUCAAGUCCUAUGGAGCCAAAAUGGUGGACAAGGCCGUUCGUGACAGAAAAUCUGCCUCUACGCCUUUCACAGGAGGUAGUGAAACCGGUAUCGCCGACAAAUCUCAGCAUAUCGAGGGCAGCCUGAUCCAGUCGUUUCUUGACGCCAUUGGUGACAAGAAAAUGGUAGCAGACGCCGCGCUCAACUACCUGUCAGCUGGCCGCGAUACGACUGCCCAAGCACUGACUUGGACCUUUUACUUGCUAAUGAGACAUCCGGAUGUGCUAGCCAAAGUUCGACAGGAAGUGAGGAGACCGUUUGAUGAUGACCGGGAUCUAGCAGACUUGCCAUAUACUCACGCCGUGUUUAACGAGGCCCUCCGCCUGUACCCGCCGGUUCCGUUUGAGAUUAAGCAAGCUAUCGAGCACACGACGCUUCCCGAUGGCACCUUUCUCCCAAAGGGAUCAGUCGUUGUAUGGUGCCCGUGGGCAAUGAAUCGUUCCUAUACGACGUGGGGUGCAGACGCAGACGACUUCCGGCCGAAGCGGUGGCUAGAGGGCGGCAAGGUAGCGAAUCGGAGCGCAGCUGAAUUCCCCGUCUUCAACGGUGGGCCUAGGACAUGCCUAGGAAAGAGGAUGGCUGAGGUCACAGCCGUCCAUGUGAUCGCCGUAAUGGCAUCGACUUUUAGCUUUGAGCCUUCUAGCCAUGAAGAAAGAGUCAGCAAGAGUAGUCUGACACUGCCGAUGAAGGGCGGUCUACCAGUGAGGGUCAUAGAGAAUCAGCUGUAG